ACAAUACUUUAUUCAGAAAUAAGUUGAUAUUCAUGCUUACAAACUAUGCAUUAUAAAAGAUUGAGAAACGAUCCAAAAGGUUUGUAUUAAUCUCGCUCUCAUCACGUUACAAGUGAGAGUUGAAUAAAAAUUGUAAGUAUGAUAAGUCAUAUACCAAUUAUUACAAUAAUUCAGUAUAUGAAAAGAAAAAAGGAAAAGGGAAAUAGAAAGGAGAGCUAGAAUUCAGUACUGGAAAAAAUUAUAACACACAAGUACAUAUAAUAGGUGUCGACACAGAUCGAAUUAAUAUAAACUAGAGACAAUGUUAAAGUAACAUAUUGUAGAUUUAUGCCAUAUGAAUUAUAUGUAAACAAACAUUUAAAAAGUUUAUACAGUAACAAAUUCCAUGCAUCUCACAGAGACGUACAUUUAUCAAAUCUAUGUUUAUCAAUCUCACCUUCAUCUGAAAAUAACAAAUAUGUACAGUAUAUCACCCCGUACUAGACAACGAUCUUAUAAACACCCUAGAUGGAUAGUACGCCCAAACGUAUGUACAUGUACAGGCGAACGCAUUGCUCUACAUAAUGCGUUUAGAUAAAACGUCCAGUAAAUACUUGUGAUAAAAAGAAUAUGUUGUUUAGUUCUUUAUCGAUGUGAUCGUCGUCAUAAGCAUAAAUUAUAAUAGUUUCGCAGAUUUAAGAAUUAAAACUCUAACAUCAUAUGCAUCUUCGUUGUUGCGUAGAUUCUAUAUGAUUGAAAGUAACACAUUUAAAACGACACGAGUACGGCUUAUUCCUACAAUUUUUUUUUUUUUUAUCAAUUUGUAAAAAUAAAAACUUGAUAUAGGUAUAGACAGGAAUAGGAAAAUGCUUCUUUGCGAUAUGAAGAGAAUCAUAUUCAGUGAUAAGUUAUUCUGGACGUACGUGUAUACUUGUAUGUGUUAUUGGGUAACAUCAAGCCUGUUAUUAUACUAGUCCAUAUUGUACAUUAUACACUAGUCAUGCAAUGGUGUAUGUUGAUUCAAAUUAAGUGAAAUUGAAAAUAUAAAUACGUAUAUCCAGGGCCGUAAAUUAACCUUCAAUUUGGAGGAGGCAGGAAAUUAGGCGGGGGUCUGGGGGCUGCCCAGGCCCCCAGACGCUGAGCACAUUUUGUGCACACUGAACACGUUUCGUGCAAAAUCCUUGAUUCUAGGGCCUUCUAAGAUGUUACUUGACUAACUCAUUCUAAAAGAAAGAUUUGGAAUGCUUUUUAAGGGAGGUAUCAUGUUCUUAGUUAUUGGAAACAACAUAAAUUCUAAUGAACUUUAAAUUUUAAUUUUUUUUGGCUCAAAAGUUGGAGGAGGCAGCUGCCUCCUCCGCCUCUAUGUAAUUUACGGCCCUGUAUAUCAUCAAUGAAUAUUUCUUCUUUAGUCAUAAAUUCUAAUAUGAUGACGAAGUACAUUUUCCUGUUCGUUUGAACAAAAUAAUACUUUUGUAUACGCUGAUAAAAAUCACGAAAAGCCGUCAAAGGAAAAGUGAAGAGUAAUAUUCUGUACUAAUUUAGAAUUGGGAAUUCAAAAUGUAUAGCAAUUUAGAGUUCCGCAAUUCUAGAUUAAUUACAGUUAUUAUAAAAGAAAUUAUGCAUAUUUAAAAAAUAAAAUAAAGUAAUCUUAUAAUCAUCUCGGACAUAUGUUGGCUGAUUGUAUCAAAAUCCUGUUUAAUGAUUAAUGGAUCAUAUACGUCGUUGGUAUGAAAGAAAACUGUCAUUUCAAGAAAGAAGUAGCUCCGUGAAGAGACUAAAACAAUUGUAUCAAAUUUAAUCAUUCUGUACUCAGGAAAGAAAUUGUGUGGAUAUACUGCUACAGAUGCAAUGCAUUGACAUGUGAAUUACCCGGAAAUGUUCGCUCUUGUGUGACAAGAGGGCAUGUUGAAGAUUUCCGGUCAGCUCACAUGAUUAUACCGUUAUUUAAAAUCAAUCAUAAGUAAUAAUUGUCACAUUCUUCACGUUCUUACACUGGGCAACACAACUUAGAAAUGUCGUCUAUUGUGGCCGCCGCUUCUCCUACCGAUCCCAGAAUUCUCCAGUCCAUAUUUAUGGAGGACGCAAAUUUGCCCGUCGGAGGUGCUAACUGCCACGUGACUUAUAACACUGUAAAAACCGAAAUUGUUUCGUCUGAGGAAAGUCAGAGUCCACAUUACGAUAACUCCAGUCCCUGUUACACUCUCCUACAACCCAUGCAGAGGAACCCCAGUCCAGUUUUAACUGCUGGAAACACAGAGGAUCAUAUUCAAAGACACUUUCAAAGAUCGCCGCCGCCUCUUGUUUACGAUGAUCCGAUGCAGAGGAGGUAUCAAAGCUCUCCAAGAGUCUUCGAGGACCCAGGACUGAAAAUUGAAACACAGUUUGAUGAUAUUCCCUCUGGUGCGGUGCCGCAACCAACUGAGUACGUCCCUCAAGUCGAACAACAACCGGACAACUUUGAAGAAUCUGUUUUGAGGGCACUUCAAGAGGAAAUCGACCAUAUUUGCCAUAUUCUUGAAAUAUCUCCAGAUCCCACAAAAUGGACAAAUCAAGAGGUAAACAAAUGGAUUGUGUGGUAUGGGGAUCAGUUUGGUGCCCCCCAGGGCAUUACGGAUAGAUUCCGCAUGACCGGAGAUGAACUCUGUCGCCUCAGUUUGGAAGACUUUAAACAAAGAUCGAAAGAUGCGGGGGCAAAUUUCCACGCCCAGUUAGAUGUAUGGAAAAAUGCUUGUAAAUUAUCUUCAAGAGGAGGAAAACAAACCAUGGCAGUUCCUUCCGCACAUUACUACAACAGCUACCGCCACAAUAGUGUGUCCUCACCAACGAUUAGCGAAUGUAGCGAAGCCUCGGGCACUGGGGUGCGGAGGGAUGACUACAUUUUCCACCAGCCACCGCAGACCGAGUAUGCUACCCCUUCCACCGCCAUUCAGCACCCAGUUGGGUAUCACCCGGAUUACUCGUCUCAAAACGAGGCUAUGUCGUCCUAUUCCGAUUACUACAGUUACACAGAUUACAACUACUACGACAACAACCCAGACACCUGCUACACACAAACAGACGAUCUUCCCGGAUACCCAGUGGAAUAUCAACAGAAGCAGACGAUACAUCUUUGGCGCUUCUUGAAGGAACUUCUGCUUCAGCCAGAGAGAUACGACAGAUACAUUCGCUGGGUCAACCGACAAGAGGGGAUCUUCAAGAUCGAAGAUUCGCCGAAAGUGGCCAAACUCUGGGGCAAAAGAAAAAAUCGACCGGCGAUGAACUAUGACAAACUGAGCCGUUCAAUACGACAGUAUUACCGGAAAGGGAUCAUCAAGAAAACUGCCAAUUCCAAACGUCUCGUGUACCAGUUCUGUCCCGCAUACCUGUGAUUUAAAAAACUGUAUCAAACAGAGAGUAUAACAUUUCGGUUGUGAUACGAUUUAAGGACUGUGAUAGUAACUCCGUUCCAGCUGCCUCUUUUCACAACAUAUCAGAAACUACCAGAGAGCGGGGAUUGGAGUCUAGUAUUGUGUUUUCAAGAUGUGAACUCGGACGUCUGUGUAUCAUGAUCAAUUUCGUUUAUGAAGAAACUGACUUAUUUAUAUAUAUUAGAUCAGCAUGGAAUUGACACUCCAACAUGCUGGCUAUGUCUGUAUAGUCUACGUUACCAGUAAUUGUGGAUAUUUGUACUGAUCUCACGAUUGUUUUAUUGUUAUAUCUUUGCAAAAUAAUAAAAAAAAAUUACUUUUAAGUUUGUGUUCCUUUGUUUAAUUGCUUCUUCAGUUUCUCUAAAACACUUCUGAAUCGAAGAUUUUCUUGAAAUGUCCUUACGGUACUAAUAGCUAACAUAGCUCGUCCAACGACAGAGCGGAAUCAAAAUACACUAUAUCUGAAUGCAUGAGUCAUACUUACUUUGACAAUCCAUGCAUUAUAAUAGUUACGAAUCAUUCUAUAAUUCUAAUUAAUUUUGAUCUGGGACAAAUUAUCAAGUUAAGGCCUGCA